UGGAGCAGGUGUGUACGACAACGUGGGCGGCGUGGCGGCGCCGGCGGUGGGGGCCGGGACGGAGGCUGGGUCACUCGUGCGGCGGCCCCGGCACUGACAGCAGCCCCGCACCGCCCCGCACCGCCCCCUCCUCCAGGUGACACCGCGCCCCCCGCCCACCCAGGCCCACGCCACGCUGCCUGGGCGGCCCCGCGCGCCCCGGCGUGGCCCCGAGUCGUGGCCCGCGAGUGACCGGACACUUGGCUUUUUUUGAGUGCACCACCAUGUGUGGCCGAGGCGGCGCGCGGUGAGCGGCGGCGCGCCCCUCGCUGUCUCGGGAAACAGACAGAAGUGGGCGGCUUGAGAUGAACUGAGGCUGAACUGAAGCUUCUCCCGCUCGUCAGGUGGAGGAAAACUGCUCCACGCCUCACCCAAACUGGAGGAAACUUUGCUCCACUAAUCAAUACACCAAGAGAGAACCGCCGAUCCCACUCUAUCCAAGACGAUCCGCGGAGGUGAACGAUCCAAACUUCUCCACUUCUCCCCGUGUACUGGAGGAGAAGGAGGAGGAGGAGGAGGAGGACAAGUAGUGGACACCUUCCCUCCACUCUCCCGGAUCAAGUGGAGGAACGCCUUCUCUCCACCGCCUUCUCUCCACCGCCUUCUCUCCACGCCCCACUGAAGGAAGGAGGCGGCGCAGGUGUGAACAGUGAAGGAAACCGGAAACGAAACAGCUGUAGUGAGACAUGAGGUGGCGAGGUGGUCGGUAGCUGCACGGGACGCUCUGAUUGGUCAAGGCAGGGGACGUACGUGAUGGCUAACGACAAACUUUACCCAUACUAUCGCUUCGUGAUAAACGUGUCAGAUUACCAAGAAAACAUUGAGGAGCUCCUGCACUGGUCUGAUGAAGUGCUCGGCCACCUCUCCCACUCAGACCCAGACCCCCAGUCCCCCGCCUCGCCCCCCGCCCCGCCCCCUGCUCCGCCAGUCCCCGCGCAGCCCCCACUCCAUCACCACCCUGGCGCCAACACGUCGUUGCUUCAAGAGGUGACUACAUCGUCCCUCUCCCUCAUGUACAAUUUGACCUCCGGGAUUGACCUCGGCCUCAAUUGGUCAUCCUCCACCAACCCUCUCGUGCCUUCCUCCAACUGGACCGCCGGCCUCGACCUCGACGGCCUGCCCCUCGACCUCCUCAACGGAAGCUCAACCUCGGGAACGGACCUCGCCCUCAACGGCUCCCUCGACGCCCUUACUGAUGGGUACGAUGUCUUCAACGGCACCAACCUCACGGCGCCGAUCGGAGACGUGACAGGAGUGGACACGCAUAUCGACAGGUACUCCAUAUAUGAGGUGAUUCUGAUUGCGGUGGUGGCUGGCUUCCUGUCCAUCGCCACGCUGAUCGGGAACCUGAUGGUGAUGAUCAGCUUCAAGAUCGACAAACAACUGCAGACCAUUAGCAACUACUUCCUGUUCUCGCUCGCAGUAGCCGACAUCACUAUAGGGUUGGUGUCCAUGCCUCUGUUCACCCUGUACACGUUAAUGGGGUACUGGCCAUUGGGUCCCAUCAUAUGUGACACCUGGCUGGCCCUCGACUACCUUGCCUCCAACGCCUCGGUCCUCAACCUUCUUAUCAUUUCCUUCGACCGCUACUUCAGCGUGACCCGCCCACUCACCUACCGCGCCAUGAGGACCCCGAGGAGGGCAGCGGUCAUGAUCGGGUCAGCGUGGAUAAUCUCCCUCAUCCUUUGGCCGCCAUGGAUCUACUCGUGGCCCUACAUCGAGGGACACAGGACGGUGCCACCUCGCGAGUGUUACAUCCAGUUCAUUGAGACCAACGAAUACGUAACUUUUGGAACCGCCAUCGCUGCCUUCUACCUGCCCGUGACAGUGAUGUGUGGGCUGUACUGGCGGAUCUGGCGGGAGACGGAAAAAAGACAGAAGGAUCUCACUAACUUGCAGGCUGGAAAGAAAGAUCCAAGCAAAAGAUCCAACUCUAGACCCGGGCUACCAAUACUUCCAGAUCCAACGAGCUUUACCGAUACAGGAGUCUCACGCAGCGAGGCCGAGGAAGCUAUAGAGACCGAAGAUUGGCGCCGUCAGAAAUCCGAAUCAUCAACAGCUAUGGACGAGAUUGAAACCACGUACGUGCCGACUGCCAUGGUGAUCGAGAACACCAAGUACGCUGCCAACCAGGGGCGAACCACGGGGUGCUGCCGCGGCCUGGCUUCCUGCAUCAAGAGGACCGUGGACCGCGAGGAGGUGAGCAGCACGGCGGGGGGACAUCGGUCUGGCUACCACACCCCGGGCUACCACACCCCUGGCUACCACACCCCAGGCUACCACACCCCGGGGUCGGCGGAGACUACCCUGCCCUCCUCCGUAUCCCGCUGCACCUCCUUGAACUACAUCCGGGAGCCGCUGGCCGUCACCCCGACCCGCUACCGCCAGAACUCCAUGAUUCCAUUAGUGGAGCGAGCCGAGAGACCCGACCACCACCACCCGCACCACCACCACUACCAGCACCCCCACCACGGCACCUCGGCCACACUGCCCAGGGCGGAGAGCACCCUAGGUAUGGGCGGGCGGGGGCAGAUGAUGGGCGGGCGGCUGGCUACUCGCUCUCACUCCUCGGACUCCGUGUACACCAUUCUCAUCCGCCUGCCGCACGACCCCUCGCAGGACGGGCCGCUUCACCCGCCCUCCAUCGUCAUGAUCGAGGAGGAGGGCGCCGGCGGAGCAGGAGGCGGCGGCGGCGGCAACGGGGCGGGUGCCGGACAGGACGGCGGUGGGGCCAACGCGGGGCACAAGCUGCGGUUCGAGCGAGGGACGUCACCGCUGGCUCGACGCGGGGACUCCGUCUGCUCCGACCCCAGCGGCCAGACGACCCGUGUGGAGUGUUCUCUGCACCCCGGGGGACCUGAGGGCACCUCCCCCGUGUCCAACCGCCGCUCUUCCUCCCACGUGCCGGACAUCAAGAUUCCCCUCAACGCCAAGAUCAUCCCCAAGCAGCUCGCCAAGACCACGGGCGGCGGCAGCGGCAACUCCGGCGGCAGCGCGGGCGUGGGCGGCCACAACUCCGGCGCCUCCACCAUGCCAGGUAAGAAGAAGAAGAAGAAAAAGAGUCAGGAGAAGAAGCAGGACCGGAAGGCCGCCAAGACGCUGUCCGCCAUCCUGCUCACCUUCAUCGUGACGUGGACGCCCUACAACGUGCUGGUGCUGCUGAAGACGGUGCUCGCCUGCAAGGCCGACGACUGCAUCCCGCGCCAGCUGUGGGACUUCUCCUACUACUUGUGCUACAUCAACUCCACCAUCAACCCCAUGUGCUACGCUCUCUGCAACGCCGCCUUCAGGAGGACCUACGUGAGGAUCCUGACCUGCAAGUGGCACAGUCGGCGGCGGCAGGGCGUGCAGAGGGGCUACUACAGCUGAGGACGUCUAACCUGCCGUCUAGCAAGAGCCACCUACCAGCUGCUCUUCCUCCUCCAUCUACACUGGCUGGCGAGCAUCUGAAGCCACGCCUCGCUGCCGCCCCCACGCCACCCAGAACACCAGGCUAACCCGUGAACACACACACACACAGACACACGCACACACACACACACACACACACACACACACACACACACAAAGCCGGAUUACCGCUGGGUUGCUAACUGGACUGUAUAUUAGAGCAUUAGAGUCCCCAGCACCAAAGAGCACGGGUGCCUCCUCCCCUGCGGCAUUCAUCACGGAGCUGCUCACCCGAAAUAUCAGUUGUUGUUGGUAAGGGAAGCUGUAAUUGUCAAGGAAGGCUCCAGCGUGUCAGCUUAUGUCCCUUGUGAAUGGUUAAUUUGGCCUUGCACACACACACACACACACACACACACACACACACACACACACUGAUAACAGAAGUGAUGCCAACAAUGCGAGAAAGAACGAAAAUGGUGGCAGCACUGUCUGGCGCUUACACACACACACACACACACACACACACACACAAACCAGAACGCUCAUGUCAACAUUUAACAGCAAACAUUUUUACGUACAUCAAGAAUAAUAAUCAUAUGCGUUUUGCUGGUAACGAAGAUGCGUGAAGUGGUGUGUGUGCGUGUGUGUGUGUGUGUGUGUGUGUGCACGCUCACACACAUGCACACACACACACACACACACACACAGAGAGACAGACAGACACACACACAUACACACGUACACGGGGUAGCCUGGAGGCGUGUCUGCAGUGUUGGUGCACAUGUCAAGAUAACAAAUAAUGACCUCGAAAUGGCAACACACACACACUGCCGCCCCCCCCUCCCUCAACUCUCUCUCUCUCUCUCUCUCUCUCUCUCUCUCUCUCUCUCUCUCUCUCUCUCUGUGCUUCCUACUUUUCCCCACUAUAAAUAGAAAACAAGAAAACAACACUAAAAAGACAGAAUAUUUGAAAAGAAAAAAAAAAACUGACCAAAUGAAAGAAAACGAUGAAGGAAAGGAAGCGACCACAUCGAACCGAAGAAGAAAAAGAAGGGAGAGAAAAUGAUUACGUUUUUAUGAGACGAAGAGGGUGAGGCGGCAGUGAAAAGAAAGAAGAGGGCGGCAGCUACAUCAGAGAGAGAGAGCAAGAAGCAAGUCAAAGAAAACGAAAGGCAGGGUGUGUAAGUGUCUCUGCUGGCCGCGCUGGUACACAAAAUUGCCAACAAAAAAAUAAAGUACACUGUGUUGCCCUAAAUAAAACAAAAAGGAUGGAGAAAUUCAUAUAAAAGCUUACAAAAAAAGGCAAAUGUUGGUGGUUAGCUAAUGUGUUCAUGUGUAUAUUUGAAUUCUUGGGUCGUUUUAGAAGUCUACCAUUUCUCCCGUGGACUGCAUGGAUGUGUGUUCCCUGCGUUCUGUAUUAUAAUAACCUCAGGCAGCGUUUGUUAGUGUUUUCGCCUGGCAGAUCAGAUGAAGAGUUGGCGGAAGUUUGUUACCAAUGAGAGGCGGUUUUCAGUUGUAACAUGUCAUGUGGAAGCUAAGAGGCGUCACUGUUUGUAGAUAUUAGAAGGUUUUUGUCGCUGUUUUUGUCUCCCGGAAGCGAAGAUGUUAUUAAGUGUGCGAGGCGGUUUUAUUUGUUUUUUGCCUCAUGGAAGCAAAGAGGAGACAUAAAUAAGAAGGGGAGGUGGUUUAUUUUAUUUUAUUUUUUUUUUUUCGUUUCUUGUCUUAAACAAGAAAAAAAAAAAACAUUUCACUUCGUACGCGCUGAUAAAGAACUGCACUGCCAGGCGCGCAUCUCGGGCGUCAACUCUUUUAACUUUGAAGUGGAGUUGAAUACUGUAUUUGAGCCUCUUUAAUUCCUCACACCUCUGAUCCUGUCGGUGUAUCACAAGGUGUCGAAUCCGGAAGAAACAGUUCAGUCAAGGUUUCACGUAGACGCCUCAGGAAAGAAGAAAACGAAGAGGAGAGGAAUAUGAAAAGUAACGUGUUUAGUAUGGAGGAAAUAACCUCAAUAAAUCCAUAAUGUAGGUUCUGGGCGUCAGCAGGAAUCGGGAGAGAAGUAUUGAUUGGCUUCCAAGAUAGGAUAGAAACACCCAAUGUGUCAAGUAUUAUUUUCCUCUGAUACUGUGCGGGGAAAGGAAGGAGGGAGGCGGUUAGAGGGAAGGUGAUAAAGGAUGGAUGAAAGAGAUAGGCAGUUAGAGGUAAAAUGAAAAGAUAGUGAAGAAGCGAAGGAGCGAUGGGGAGGGGCCUCUGUGUUGUAGGGAGGGAAUGAGGGAGCGGUGUCAAGACGUCUCAUCUCAUUUUAGCGGAUGGUACAUUAUAUUUCUGAUAACUAACAUAUACUUCAUUUCUUAUAUACUUUACAUUAGAUUAUAUAGAAGAAAAGUAUUACGCAUAUAAUAACGUAUAUGAUAAUUAGAUAUGUGAUGUUACCGUUCAAAGGAAAAUCAUUAGAGUACUGUUCAGUAGAGGAAGACACGCGAUCACUUGAGAACAGAAGCGUGGGAAGGGAAGGCGGGAAUGUGUGGCAGUGACUAGUGACGAGUGCAGCGCGUAGUGGCUUAUUUUACCGGAUUACCAGCUCUUCCUUUGUUCUUUGAGACUGUAUAGGUCAUAAUCAGUGUGCCAACGAUGUCCUGGAGCCUCCCUUCAUCUGUGGAGUGACUUGGUAUCAGCGCCACCAAGCCAUCGAUCUCGGCCCCCCCACUCGAGAAGGCGCGGUAUCGGGGACACAGGACGCAGUUUCUCCUACCAUGCCCCGUCAAUGCACCACCGCGGGGACAUGAUGCUCGCAGGGUCACCUCCGAG